UUAUAGUACGCAGUUACAUCGUGUUUAGAUACUCUGUAACUCUUUAAACUUUAAUUUAUUAAUUAAUACUUAUAAACAUAAUAGAUAUCAAAAUUAUUUCUAUCUAGAAAAAAAACAUGAAAUAUUUUACAUUAUAAAUAAGAGCAGCAUCGAAAUAUUUAUUACCCUAGAACAAAUCGAAAACAUUAUACUGCUAAAAUAAUAAAUUAUCGAGUUUCACAAAUAUAUUUUUAGUUUUGAGAAUAUGUGAAAUUUAUGUUUUUUGAGAUUUAGAGGAAUCAGUACUCAAGAAAAUAUUGUAAUUGCCAGAUUUUCUAAAAAAAAUGAAACUAGCAUUAUUUUUCUCGGUACUUUUACUAACCAGUUAUUUUACUGAAGGAAAUAUCUCAGAAACUAAAAAAAAUGUUUUCGUUUUAGCCUUAACUGUCGUUUCAAAUAAAGCGGUGAAUAAAAUUUUCAAAAAGUUAUUGGAAGAGUUGAGAGGAGUUAUAAAAAAUGGAAACAAAUUUGUGGGAAUUCCCCCAAUGGAUCCUUAUGAGACAGGACCAGUGCAAGAAACAAUAAGCUCAGAAAAUAUAAGAGCAGAUAUUUCAGCUCUCAAUAUAGGUAUCUCUGGUUUCUCAAAUUAUAAAGUUACUAAAGCAGAAAUUAGAGGAAUAUCAACAAUAAUGAUAGGUUUUGAGUGGCCUGAAUUAAAAGGAAAUAUAUCAUCCUGCAAUUUAACUAAUGGCCGAUUGAUGGAUUUUUUUGACAUUUAUGGAAAUGGAAACGCAGUGUUCAAUCUUAAGAAUUUAAUAUUUACGUCCAAAAUAUUUCUUCAAUACGAAAACAGAUCGAUAUCUAUAAAAACUAUGAAAUCGGAAAUUUCUCUUGGAGUUCUCGAGUUUUUCACUGAUAGCUUAUAUGAUGACAAAUUCGUAUCUGCAAUGAUGAGUUUUGCUAUUUCUGAAAUUGGACCUACUGUUGUCGAAAGGGACCAAAAGCAAUUGACAGAUGCGAUCAAUAUUCGAGUAAUAAAUAUACUCAAUAAAUUUCUCAGAAAAUUUACUAUGGAAUCACUAAUCAAUUCUAUAACUGGGAAAAUUGAUGGGAUUAAACAAACUAUGCGAAAGAAAUAUGUCGGGGUUCGAGAUACGAUUUUUUCCAUCCUUUCCUCAUUAUCUUAUUCGGUAAGAAAUGUAUAUUAAAAAUAAAAAAUCAGC